CCAAAACAGUACUUUUUCAUUUCCCAUUUCGUCAAAGCUCGCUCUCCUCCUCAGAAAAAACCCAGUGCUUUGCUCUCUCUCCCUCCCCCAAUCUCACACUCAUCACAAAACCCCCCUCAAGCUCGCUCCGCCGUCGAUGGGGACUCUGGGACGAGCAAUCUACACCGUCGGAUUCUGGAUCCGCGAGACCGGCCAGGCCAUCGAUCGCCUCGGCUCCCGCCUCCAGGGAAACUACUACUUCAAGGAGCAGCUGUCGCGGCACCGGACGCUGAUGAAUGUGUUCGAUAAAGCUCCGGCGGUUGAUAAGGAGGCGUUCGUGGCGCCGAGCGCGUCGAUUAUAGGGCAGGUUGAGGUUGGGAAAGGCUCGUCCAUUUGGUACGGUUGCGUUUUGAGAGGUGAUGCUAAUAGUAUCAGCAUUGGGUCUGGCACCAACAUACAAGACAAUUCGCUUGUUCAUGUAGCAAAGUCGAACUUGGCUGGGAAGGUUUUGCCUACUAUAAUUGGAGAUAAUGUCACUGUAGGUCACAGUGCGGUCUUGCAAGGAUGUACUGUGGAAGAUGAGGCGUUUGUUGGUAUGGCUGCAACUUUGCUUGAUGGGGUUUAUGUUGAGAGACAUGCCAUGGUUGCUGCUGGAGCUCUUGUAAGGCAAAAUACAAGGAUCCCCUGUGGAGAGGUAUGGGGAGGUAAUCCGGCAAAGUUCCUUAGGAAGCUCACUGAAGAUGAGAUGGCCUUCAUCUCCCAGUCAGCCUUAAAUUAUUCCAACUUGGCUCAGGUUCAUGCAACUGAAAAUGCCAAGGAACUUGAUGGGGUGGAGUUUAAGAAGGUGCUGCAGAAGAAGUUUGGACGCCGUGACGAGGAAUAUGACGCAAUGCUCGAGGUUGUUCAUCAAACACCACCGGAGGUUAGUCAUCCCGUUAACGUAGUGCCACCACCUAAGGCUGCUUAAAAGUGGACUAUAACGAUGUUGGCAAUGGUACCUCUUGAGAUUUAGUGUAAGUGAGAGUAUUUUGUUUAUGUGCGGAUUUGUGGAGAAUGGCUGCUUUGCAUUUCCAAUAAUUUUUGGGGCCAAUCUGAAGUGUGAUGGUCAAACAUGGAGUACAUUUCUCACAUAUGGCUCUCCUAAGCAUUUCCAGUUGAUCAGCAACUUCAUUUUCUAUUUUUUGAGAAACAAAAUUGCUAUGAUGGAACAUAUGUUGGAUGUUGUCAAAACUUCCUGGAAGGUCUAUUAGAUCUGUAGCUUUAGAUAUUAGUUCACUUUGAAUGUUUGAAUGAAAUAAAGAAAGUGAAACCAGGCAUUGACCUGCCAGAAUUUCUGAGGAA